AUGGAGUCCGAGAUGCUGCAGUCGCCUCUCCUGGGACUCGGGGAGGAAGACGAGGCCGACCUGACGGACUGGAACCUGCCGUUGGCGUUCAUGAAGAAGAGGCACUGUGAGAAGAUCGAGGGCUCCAAGUCCUUGGCCCAGAGCUGGAGGAUGAAGGACCGGAUGAAGACGGUCAGUGUUGCCCUGGUGCUCUGCCUCAAUGUUGGUGUGGACCCUCCAGAUGUGGUGAAGACCACCCCCUGUGCCCGCCUGGAGUGCUGGAUAGACCCCCUGUCAAUGGGCCCUCAGAAAGCUCUGGAAACCAUUGGUGCGAAUUUACAGAAGCAGUAUGAGAACUGGCAGCCACGGGCCCGGUACAAGCAGAGCCUUGACCCGACUGUGGAUGAAGUCAAGAAGCUUUGCACAUCUUUGCGCCGAAAUGCCAAGGAGGAACGGGUUCUCUUCCACUACAACGGCCACGGGGUGCCCCGGCCCACUGUGAACGGCGAGAUCUGGGUCUUCAACAAGAACUACACGCAGUACAUCCCGCUGUCCAUCUAUGACCUGCAGACCUGGAUGGGCAGUCCGUCCAUAUUCGUCUAUGACUGCUCCAACGCCGGCCUCAUUGUCAAGUCCUUCAAGCAGUUUGCGCUCCAGAGGGAGCAGGAGCUGGAGGUUGCUGCCAUUAACCCAAACCACCCACUGGCCCAGGUGCCCUUGCCUCCCUCGAUGAAGAACUGUAUCCAGCUGGCUGCAUGCGAGGCUGCUGAGUUACUGCCGAUGAUUCCCGACCUCCCGGCUGACCUCUUCACGUCCUGCCUCACCACACCCAUCAAGAUUGCCCUGCGCUGGUUUUGCAUGCAGAAAUGUGUUCGUCUGGUGCCGGGAGUCACACUGGAUUUGAUAGAAAAGAUACCCGGGCGGCUGAACGACCGGCGGACACCACUGGGGGAGCUGAACUGGAUCUUCACAGCCAUCACGGACACCAUCGCCUGGAACGUGCUCCCUCGGGAUCUCUUCCAGAAGCUCUUCCGACAGGACCUGCUGGUGGCAAGUCUGUUUCGGAAUUUCUUACUGGCAGAAAGGAUCAUGCGGUCCUACAACUGCACCCCAGUGAGCAGCCCGCGACUGCCCCCCACAUACAUGCAUGCCAUGUGGCAGGCGUGGGACCUGGCCGUGGACAUCUGUCUCUCACAGCUGCCAACAAUCAUCGAGGAAGGCACUGCAUUUAGGCACAGCCCCUUCUUUGCCGAGCAGCUGACUGCAUUCCAGGUGUGGCUCACCAUGGGCGUGGAGAACAGGAACCCCCCUGAGCAGCUGCCCAUUGUCCUGCAGGUGCUGUUAAGCCAAGUGCACCGGCUGCGAGCCCUGGACUUGCUGGGAAGAUUUCUGGACCUGGGUCCCUGGGCGGUGAGCCUGGCCUUGUCUGUCGGCAUCUUUCCCUAUGUGCUCAAGCUGCUUCAGAGCUCAGCCCGGGAGCUGCGGCCCCUCCUGGUCUUCAUAUGGGCCAAGAUCCUCGCCGUCGACAGCUCAUGCCAAGCCGACCUCGUGAAGGACAACGGGCACAAGUACUUCCUGUCGGUCUUAGCAGACCCCUACAUGCCGGCUGAGCAUCGGACCAUGACGGCCUUCAUCUUGGCUGUGAUCGUCAACAGCUACAACACAGGGCAGGAAGCUUGCCUUCAGGGAAACCUGAUCGCCAUCUGCCUGGAGCAGCUCAAUGACCCACACCCCCUUCUGCGCCAGUGGGUGGCCAUCUGCCUGGGGCGUAUCUGGCAGAACUUCGACUCGGCGAGGUGGUGCGGCGUUCGGGACAGUGCACAUGAGAAACUCUGCAGCCUCCUCUCAGACCCCAUCCCUGAGGUCCGCUGCGCUGCUGUCUUUGCCCUGGGCACAUUCGUGGGCAACUCUGCUGAGAGGACCGACCACUCCACCACCAUCGACCACAACGUGGCCAUGAUGCUGGCCCAGCUCAUCCAUGAUGGGAGCCCCAUGCUACGGAAGGAACUGGUCGUGGCACUGAGUCAUCUCGUGGUCCAGUAUGAGAGCAAUUUCUGCACCGUUGCCUUGCAGUUCAUGGAGGAGGAGAAGAACUACCCCCUGCCCUCCCCAGCGGCCACAGAGGGGGGCAGCUUGACCCCCGUGCGGGACAGCCCAUGCACCCCCAGACUCCGCUCUGUGAGCUCCUACGGAAAUAUCCGCGCUGUCACCGCAGCCAGGAGCUUGAACAAAUCUCUGCAGAACCUGAGCUUGACCGAGGAAUCUGGCAGUUCUGUGGCAUUCUCACCUGGGAACCUCAGCGCCAGCAGCAGCGCCAGCAGCACCCUGGGCAGCCCCGAGAAUGAGGAAUACAUCCUCUCCUUCGAGACCAUCGACAAGAUGCGGCGUGUCAGCUCCUACUCCUCCCUCAACUCGCUCAUAGGAGUUUCUUUUAAUAGUGUUUACACUCAGAUUUGGAGAGUCUUACUGCAUCUGGCUGCCGACCCCUAUCCAGACGUGUCUGACUUGGCCAUGAAGGUGCUCAACAGCAUCGCCUACAAGGCCACGAUGAACGCCCGGCCCCAGCGUAUCCUCGACACCUCCUCCCUCACGCAGUCGGCCCCAGCCAGCCCCACCAACAAGAGCACACUCAUUCACCCUGUGGGGGGUUCCCCACCGACGCCCAGCACAAGCAGCUCCAGCCUGACCAAUGACGUGGCCAAGCAGCCGGUCAGCCGUGACCUGCCCACAGGCCGGCCAGGAGCCACAGGCACCGUGGGGGCGCAGUACACACCCCACUCCCACCAGUUCCCCCGGACACGGAAGAUGUUCGACAAGGGCCCAGACCAGACCACAGAUGACGCUGAUGACACCGCGGAGCACAAGAGCUUCAUCUCGGCCGCUGUGCAGACAGGUUUCUGUGACUGGAGCGCCAGAUACUUUGCUCAGCCUGUCAUGAAGAUCCCAGAAGAGCACGACCUGGAGAGCCAGACCCGUAAAGAGCGCGAGUGGCGGUUCCUACGUAACACCCGCGUGCGGAAACAGGCGCAGCAGCUCAUCCAGAGGGGUAUCACCCGCCUGGACGACCAGAUAUUCCUCAAUAGGAAUCCGGGAGUCCCCUCGGUGGUCAAGUUCCACCCGUUCACACCAUGUGUCGCUGUGGCUGACAAAGACAGCAUCUGUUUCUGGGACUGGGAGAAAGGGGAGAAGCUGGAUUAUUUCCACAACGGGAACCCCAGGUACACCAGGGUCACUGCCAUGGAGUACCUGAAUGGCCAGGACUGCUCACUGCUACUGACAGCCACUGAUGAUGGCGCCAUCAGGGUCUGGAAGAACUUUGCUGACUUGGAGAAGAACCCCGAGAUGGUGACGGCGUGGCAGGGGCUCUCUGACAUGCUACCAACAACACGAGGAGCUGGGAUGGUGGUAGACUGGGAGCAGGAGACCGGGCUUCUCAUGAGCUCAGGGGACGUUCGGAUCAUCCGGAUCUGGGACACAGACCGGGAGAUGAAGGUGCAGGACAUCCCCACCGGCGCAGACAGCUGUGUGACGAGCCUGUCCUGUGACUCCCACCGCUCCCUCAUCGUGGCUGGGCUUGGUGACGGCUCUGUCCGGGUCUACGAUAGGCGGAUGGCACUCAGCGAAUGCCGCGUCAUGACGUACCGCGAGCACACAGCCUGGGUGGUGAAGGCGCACCUGCAGAAGCACCCCGAGGGUUACAUCAUGAGUGUCAGUGUCAACGGGGACGUGCGUUUCUUUGACCCCCGCAUGCCUGAGUCCGUGAACUUGCUCCAGAUCGUGAAGGGGCUGACGGCCCUGGACGUCCACCCACAGGCCAACCUCAUCGCCUGCGGCUCAAUGAACCAGUUCACCGCCAUCUACCACGGCAGCGGGGAGCUGAUCAACAACAUCAAGUACUAUGACGGCUUCAUGGGCCAGCGAGUCGGAGCCAUCAGCUGCCUGGCCUUCCACCCUCACUGGCCUCACCUGGCAGUCGGGAGUAACGACUACUACAUCUCCGUGUACUCGGUGGAGAAGCGGGUCAGAUAG